AUGGAAAAUGUAUCAGCAGUGACAUCCUUCAUAUUGACGGCAUACAUUGAACUGGAAGAUCACAGAUAUUUAUACUUCAUAUGUUUCCUUCUUUUAUACAUUAUGAUUAUAGUGGCCAAUUCAGUACUAAUAACAGUAAUAUACAUUGAGAGAGGUCUGCAUGAACCCAUGUAUUUGUUUAUAUGUAGCUUAGCUGUGAACGGAAUAUUUGGGAGCACAUCUUUAUUACCAUCUAUGCUUGUCUUUUUGUUGUCUCAUAGUUAUGAAAUAUCUCUGACCCAAUGUCUGUUACAGAUAUAUUGUUUACAUUCAUAUGUUUAUGUUGAAUUUACUAUUUUAGCAGUGAUGAGCUAUGACCGGUAUGUUGCAAUUUGUCACCCGUUACACUAUCACCUCCUCAUGUCUCCUAAGAAGCUAUAUGCAGCUAUUACAUUAUCCUGGGUGAUUCCCUUCAUUUACUUUGCCCUUAUAUUCAUAAUGACUGUUCAGCUGACAUUUUGUGGCAAGAUUAUUGAAAAAGUGUAUUGUGCCAAUUUUCCUUUAGUUAAACUGUCUUGUUUUGAUACGAAUGUUCAGAAUAUUCUUGCCCUGGCAUCAACUUUUGUCUCACCUUUAACUCAGAUCCUCAUGAUACUGUUUUCCUAUGGACAAAUAUUCAGAAUCUGCCUGUUUGCUUCUAAGGAAUCUCAGACCAAAGCUAUUCGAACAUGCACCCCACACUUACUAACUCUGAUUAACUUUUCUGUGGGAAUCUUAUUUGAGGUCAUCCAGAGUCGUUUCAACAUGAGUCAUGUACCUCAAAAAGCUCGCAUAUUCCUAUCUGUACACAUGGGCAUUUUUCCCCCAUUGUUCAAUCCUGUAAUUUAUGGAAUUAGCAUUCAAGUCAUUAAAGAUCAGAUUUUUAGAUGGUUUAGCAGUAAAAAAAUAAGUGAACCCCACCCAAUGUGAUUAUUAAUGUAAUUUACAUUUUGUUCGUAACGCUGUACCCUGUAUCACUUGGGUUGCCAGAUGCCAGAUUUUGGGCUGGAAUGUCCAGUUUUCUAAUUAUUUGUAGGUCCAGUUUGUAGUCCCAACUGGACAAUAUAAAUACCCAGUCAGGAUAACUGAAAUUUGACUGCUAGUAUGCAACCAGUUUCUUCAAUGUCCACUGUAACAGUUUUUCCUUAAUUAACCCCUCCCCCCUCCCCCAAACCCUGAUCAGUUAAUUAAAAUCUCGCCUAUUUCUGCAUGCUUGAUUUUCGGUUUUGAUUCAUUCUCAUUCUGGCAACCCUAUGCAUCACAAAGUAAUUUAAAAGACGCUGUAACAUGAAGAAUAACGGAAAUGUUGAAAAUUUCUUGUCUGCAUAUUGCUUGGUUUAUACAUAUUUAAAAUAUCUGUACUGUGAAGUAUUAAAAUGCUUUCAGUGACCAGGAUUUUUUGUAACAUAGACCACACCUACUUAGUUUUGCCACAACCAGUCAAACAAAAUCAUUUGUAAUAGCAAGCACUAACACUGACGUAGGUUUUUUUUUUUUCUUAAACGGGGACACCCACUUUUAAAAAAUAAAUUUUUAAAACUG